GUCAUCAUCUUCUACGACUACCUUGGGUAACUCCGUCUCUCCGCUGCUUUCUUACUCCUCCGAUCGGCGGUUCGAUUCUCCAAAUUGCAUAUUUCUCGUCUACUUCUUUCAGUUCUCGUAGAAGAAGAAGAGCUAGGUCGAAUCGUGUGAUCAAAAAUAUGGAGAGUGAGAAGGAACUGAUGAACGAAGCUAAAAGACAAGUCAAUUCAAGAUUAUGCAGAGUCUCUGGUUCGAUGACGGAGGUGAUGGAGAUUCAAGCUGAGACUCCCAAGUUCCAUGUACUGUUCAUUCCAGGGAAUCCAGGUGUUGUGUCAUUUUACAAUGACUUCUUGGAAUCUCUACACCAGUUUCUUGAUGGUGAUGCAUCGAUCACAGCUGUUGGGCAAAUAUCUCACACGAGCAAGGACUGGGAAUCUGGUAAGCUCUUCUCCUUGCAAGAACAAAUCGAUCAUAAGGUUGAAUUUAUUAGGCAGGAGUUGGAGAGCGUGAAAGUCCCAAUAAUAUUGGUUGGGCAUUCGAUUGGGUCUUAUAUAUCCCUUGAAAUAUUAAGGAAAUGCCCGGAGAAGGUUGUGUAUUGCGUUGGCCUAUAUCCAUUUUUGACUUUGAACCAACAAUCAACAAAGCAAUCACUGAUUGGGAAACUUGCAGCGUCUUCUCUUCUGUCGGCUACAGCAAGUUUUUUGGUUGCAACGCUUGGACUGUUACCUAUGUGGGCUGCACGUCGGCUUGUAUCCAACUCCCUUGGAGCUUCAUGGUCUGAUACUGCUGUUCAAGCUACUUGCACUCACUUGAGGCAGUAUCACACUAUGCGUAAUGUUCUCUAUAUGGCGAUGACAGAGUUUAGAGAGCUCGCAGCAGAGCCAGAUUGGGAGUUCAUGAGAGAAAACCAGAGCAAGCUUGCAUUUUUAUUUGGCAUUGAUGAUCAUUGGGGUCCUCUUCAACUCUUUGAAGAGAUUUCAAAGCAAGCUCCUAGUACUUCCUUAUCUAUCGAGAGGGAAGGUCACACUCAUGGAUUCUGCUGCACCGUGGCUGGCUCGGUGUGGGUUGCGCAGCACGUAGCCGCUCUGAUCAAGAACCGGUUUACGCAUCUCCAGUAAAUGUAAAAUUUUGACGGUCUCUUCCUUAGACCCUUUAAACCGGUCUAUGAUUUUACAUUCCUGACCAUUAAAAGCGCUUAUAACAAUUAAUGGCCAAAACAAAUCAAUUUCGUUUAAUCACUA